AUGCAGGAUCUUGAAACUCUGCGCAAUGGAGGCUAUCGCGGCCAAGGUCUGCAAAAGCUCAAAAUCACCGGCACUUUAGACCAUUUCCCCUCGGAAAUCCUAGAUCUAGCUGAAACCCUCGACCAUCUUGACCUCUCCGGGACCGGGAUUUCUGUUCUCCCCGAUGACUUCAGCAGGCUGCGCAAGCUCAAGGUCGCCUUCUUUUCCGACUGCCGGUUCGCCGUGUUUCCCAAACAGCUAUCAGAGUGCCCCGAACUGGAUAUGGUGGCAUUCCGCUCCAACGGCAUGACGACUAUCCCAGAAGGUUCCUUGCCACCCAAGCUGCGUUGGCUUAUCCUCACGAACAAUAGCAUCGAGGCACUGCCCCGAAGCAUCGGCCGCUGUUCUCGGCUCCAAAAGUGCAUGCUUGCCGGCAACAAUCUCACAAGCCUCCCGGAUGACAUGGCGGUCUGCAGUAAACUUGGCCUACUCCGCCUCUCCGCCAAUAACUUCUCUGACUUGCCAAAAUGGCUGUUUGAACUCCCCGAACUCGCCUUUCUGUCUGUUGCCGGCAAUCCCUAUUGCUCGAUCAGUCUCGAGGAGGAGCUUGCUCUGCUGCGCAAAGUGGACUGGGAGGAUGUUGAAAUGAGGGAGUUGCUGGGCCACGGAGCCUCUGGCGAUAUCUUCAAAGCGAGGUGGAUGCUCGCCGACUCGGUGGUAGAAGAGGUAGCCGUGAAGCUGUUCAAGGGGGAGGUGACGAGCGAUGGGACACCGCUAGAUGAGAUGGGCGCCUGCCUGGCAGCAGGUUCGCACGACAAUCUCAUCAGCACAUUGGCCAGCAUCAAGGGCCAUCCAGAGAAGCACGGCCUCAUCAUGCAGCUCAUUCCUCCCCAUUAUCAGAGUCUCGGCCUGCCGCCUUCCUUGGAUACUUGCACUCGAGACCGGUAUGCACCAGGCAAGAAAUUGUCAGUCAAGGUUAUUCUUGAGCUUUUGGGUGGCGUUGCCGCAGCUGCUCUUCACCUUCACAGCCGGAAAGUUUCUCACUGCGAUCUAUAUGCGCAUAACAUUCUCUUCAACGAUCACGGACACGCUUUGUUGGGCGACUUUGGCGCAGCGACGAUCUACGAGCACCUCGGCAGAUUCAACUUUGAGAAGCUGGAGAUACUUGCAUUCGCUCACCUCAUUGAUGACAUGAUUGGUGUUGCUCAUGUCGAGGAGAGUGGUGAAAGAAAGCAGAUUCUACAACGCUUGCGGGAGUUACACAUCCGCUGCUCCAACUCAGUCGUCUCUGAGAGACCUACCUUUGCUGGCGUCGUCGAUUCUCUCCAGGCAUUGGCAUGA